UUUGUCGCCAUGGUGCCAGCAGGACAGCUCCGCUAUAUAAGGUCCUCCGCUCCUGAGUCCUGAGCCAGAACGACAAAGAGAUCCCAACCUUCUGCUACAACCCAGCCAGAGAGGAGGAACCAUUCAACCCCAAACCAAAGGACUCAAAUCAGCCCCAGUGACGACAACUAAACACUUUUUAGACUGCAGAUAGUUUUGAUUCAACAGGAAGAUGACCAAUCUGCCACAGAAAGCUCUUUUUGUCUUCUUUACAGCACAGGUGUUUACUCAUGUCUGGUCACAAGUCUGUCCUCGGAGAUGCCAGUGCCCUAAGGAGCCCCCCAUGUGUCUCCCUGGGGUGCCUUUGAUCCUGGAUGACUGUGCCUGUUGCCUUGUGUGUGCCCGUCAGAAAGGGCAAGUCUGCUCUGAUACAAACCCCUGUGACACACGGAAAGGGCUGCAGUGUGAAUACACAGCUGACGUCCACAAGAGGACUGGUAUCUGUGCCGCUCAUGAAGGAGAUGUGUGUAUUUUGGACGGUUCUGUCUAUCAGAAUGGCCAGACCUUCUUCCCCAGCUGUAAGUACCAGUGUAUAUGCCGUGAUGGGCAGAUCGCCUGUGUGCCGCGCUGCACCGUGGACGUGAUGCUGCCCGGGCCAGACUGCCCCAUUCCACGCAGGGUCUUGGUGCCUGGAGAGUGCUGCGAGAAGUGGGUGUGUGAGCACCAGACCGAGGCCAGUGCACUGGGCGGCAUUGUCAUGGCGGCCUAUCGUCAGGAGGAAACAGUGAGAUUUGACAAUUGGGACCCUAGCCUGAACUGCAUUGAGCAGACAACAGAGUGGGGCGCCUGCUCUCAAACCUGCGGCAUGGGGGUGUCCACCAGGGUCACUAAUAAGAAUCGCCGGUGUGAGAUGAUGAAGCAGAGCCGACUGUGUAUGAUCAGACCCUGUGAUGAUCACCAGGACCAGACACAGCUCACACAGCUUGCACCAAAGAGAGGCAGUAAGUGUCAGAGGAUGGUGAGGAGCGACACAGCUGUCCACCUCUCCUAUAACAACUGCACCAGUGUCCAGGCCUACAAGCCUCGCUACUGUGGCUCCUGCACAGACGGACGCUGCUGUACCCCCCACAGAACCAAGACCGCCGUGGUGGAGUUUCAGUGUGCCAACGCUAAAACCACCAGGAAACCAGUCAUGGCUAUCCUGACCUGUGCCUGCCACAGCCAUUGCCCCCGAGACAAUGCUGUGUGGCAGCCAUCAGAGCUGGGAUACAGCGGUUAUAGGUCAUAAAGUCACUCUCGAGGGACAAUACCAUUCUCUUUACUUAAAAAACAUAAAAACAUGAGUUGAAAUGACUCGAAAUUUUAGAUUAAAACAAGAUUAUCUGCAACAUAUCCACUGCGAAAAUAAGAUUGUCUGCUCACUAUGAUUCGGAAUCAUACUUGCAUUCGUAAGAUGAGAAUCCUCUUUUGUGGUUAAGAUCGUAGAGAACUAAACAGCUUGCUAUCUCUCUCUCCUGGAGAGCAAUUUAGUUUUGUAACAUCCUGUGGACAAAUAACUGAUAUCUUCACUAUGUUUAAUAGAAUCAAAGCACUUAAACCCUGUGAUAAAUUAGGUCUCUCCGUCCAACCAUUCACAACAGACGGUUGGACAGUUGUCUGUAGGUGCUCUGACAUUGUUACGGUCAACAUAAAACAGCCUCUAUUCAAGAGGUCAAAUAGUAUGAAGGUGUACAGUUACAGGGUAGUGCAGUUAUACAGAAUAUACAGCACAGUUUGGGUCGCCAAUUAGAAAACAAGACGAAGAGCAUUGAACAACAGUUGGGUUUUGUUCGGCCUUAAUCUGGAAACAAGGGAAAUGUAAGGGAGCAAGUAGGUCAUCUUUCAGAAUGAAUUAAAACACCUACACUUUGAUACCUUAAUCUAGAGAAAACUAUAAUAAGAAUACUGCAAUCCCAUUACUUUCACUUUGAUAAAAAAA